AUGAACCAACAACAACAACAAGAACACUUCCCUCAGCCAUUCAGGAUACUCUCGCUCAUCCAACUCAGCAUCACAUCAACUGCCAUCAGCCUAAACUACUACUACUACCAUCAACAAGAACAACAGCAAACUGCUAUCACCAACAACAACAACAAAACAAUAACAACAGCAACAGCAACAACAACAUCAACACACCAGCAACUCUACUACGGCGCACUCUCACUACUGAUAACCAUCCUACUCGGCCUACUGACCAACCAACUCCUCAUCCAUCUCCUCCUCAUCCCACCCGCCCAUGCCCCACUCCUUGCCUCCAUCCCAGCCUUCAUCCUGCUCGUCCAUCCAUCCAGACUCGCGCCCUUCUCGGCCCAUUUCCGUAACGGCCAUCGCAAACUCCUCAAGGCGCUCCGCAGGAUCCUCGCUCUCGAACGCUCCCCGCAGCGGCUCACUAGGUUCCCCGACCUCAUCAUCGCCGAUCUGCUCACCUCCCUCGCUCGCCCUUUCGCCGAUCUUGCUCUGCUCUGCGCCACUACACUUCAUCUCCAUCCCAGCUUGCAAUCUUCCCUCUCUAUCUUCUUUAAUUCGUAA